AUGUCAUCAGAAGAUACUUCAACUUCAAAUCUUUUUCUUAAUGAAUUUUCUGAUGUAUCUUCAUAUAAAGAUACUGCAUGUUCAAUGGUAAUGAAAUUAAUACGUUCAUCAAAUGAUUUAUCUCGUGCAAGUGAUCAUGAUUUUUUAAUGAGUUUUGCUCCACUUCGUCGUCGAAUGGAUACAAUAGCUGAAAAAGUUUUACAAAAUAUGAAUUCUUUAUUGAAACAACAGAAUUUACGUCGUGAUUUGGGUAAUGUAUCAUGGAAAGAAGCUGAUCAUGAUGAUAAAAUUGAAAAAUUAAUUGAUAUUAAUGAUAUUCUAUUCGAACGAAUUUCUUCAUCUCUUGAUGAAGCAACAGGAUUAAAAAAAAUUUCAUCUGAAGUAAAAUCACUUGUUCCAUCGAUUCGUAAUGUUCCUGCAACAUGGAAUAAAGAAGAUGGAUUUGUUUUACAAGAAAAUAUACCUUCAUUAAAACAACAACAAAAACGUAAUUCAAAUACAUUUUCAAUAAAUCAUCAACAAACAAAAAAUAUUCCUAAACCACAAAUAAAAUUUACUGAUAAAGUUGAUAAUAGUUCUCAUAUUCCAUUUAUUCCAAAACUUCGAACAAAACCUAAUGCUAAAACACCAUUACCAAUUAUGUUAUCACAAUUAGAUUCCCGUUCAUUUGAUAUGCUUCUAUUAGAAAGACAUCCAGAAAUAUUACUCCAUCCAUAUUUUGAUGAAAUUGAAGCAUUUGAACCAAAUGAAAGUUUAUUAAAAGAAGUCAAAGUUCAGAAAUGA